UAUUAUGCAAUUGUGACGUAUUUUCGGGUCAAAGUUCAAAAAGUCGCAUUCGUUUAUUUCUACCUGCUUCACAGGCUCCACCAGUUGAACGUCAGCGACAGACAACAAUGGCAAUGCAGUGUUUAAGAUUACUUGCAAAUAUCCAUAAUGUAUCAAAAGGUGCAUCUAUUGUCAGCCGACAUUUUGCCUCGCUUUCUAUGUUGCCAGACACACAUCAGAUGCUGUACAAAACAUGCAGGGAUUUUGCCGAACAGGAAUUAAAGCCUAUCGCGACAGAAAUUGACAAGAAGCAUCUUUUCCCAAAGGAACAAAUCAAGAAAAUGGGUGAGCUAGGUCUCAUGGGUUUAUGUGUCCCUGAAGCACUAGGCGGUACAGGACUGGACUAUCUAGCCUAUGCUAUAGCCAUGGAAGAAAUCUCUAGAGGUUGCGCGAGCGCUGGAGUUAUAAUGAGUGUGCAAAAUUCUCUCUACUUGGGUCCUAUAGAUACGUUUGGAAAUGAUAAGCAGAAAGAAGAAUAUAUUACUCCCUUUGUCUAUGGCGAGAAAAUCGGCUGUUUUGCUCUCAGUGAACCUGGCAAUGGAUCUGAUGCUGGUGCCGCAUCUACUACUGCCAAGAUGGAUGGCAACGUUUAUACAUUAAAUGGUACCAAAGCGUGGAUAACAAAUGCAUUUGAAGCCAGUGCAAUAGUUCUCUUCGCGACAACCGACAAGUCCAAGAAGCACAAAGGUAUAAGCGCGUUCUUGGUUGACAGUCCGACACCUGGUUUAAGCUUAGGCAAAAAGGAAGACAAAUUAGGUAUACGAGGCAGUAGCACUUGUUCUUUGAUUUUCGAAGACUGUCAAAUACCACAAAAUAGAAUCCUUGGCCAGCCAGGAAUGGGCUUCAAGAUUGCGAUGACGACUUUAGACGCUGGUAGAAUAGGAAUCGCUGGACAAGCGUUAGGUAUAGCUCAGGCAUCCUUGGAUUGUGCAAUAGAUUACGCGACUAAACGCCAAGCCUUUAAUCAAUCAAUCAUCAAGCUGCAGGCAAUCCAACAAAAGAUUGCCGAUAUGGCUCUGAAAUUAGAAAGCUCGAGGUUAUUGACGUGGCGAGCGGCUAAACUGAAGGAUAGCGGUAAACCGUACACGAAGGAAGCCGCUAUGGCCAAAUUGUCCGCAUCGGAAACUGCUACCUUCUGCGCUCAUCAGUGCAUACAGAUUCUAGGAGGGAUGGGAUACGUGUCGGACAUGCCGGCGGAACGUUAUUACAGAGAUGCACGUAUCACGGAAAUCUACGAAGGCACGUCGGAGAUCCAGAGACUUGUGAUC